AGAACAGGCCGAAAGAAAGGUGAAUUUUCCUCGAACUCUUGGCUAAAAAAGCGCACCAUGAACCCGGGGCGCUUCGUCAACGGCGACUUCGUCCUGACCGACGACCAGAGGAACGGCCUGAACUUCCGCUUCGCCCCCGAGCCCAACGGCCCGCUGCACAUCGGCCACGUGACGACCUUCCGCACCAACUUCAACUGCGCCGUUGACAACGACGGCCUCAUGAUCCUGCGCUUCGACGACACCAACCCCGAGACGGCCUCCGCGCUCUACUGCUGCGACGCCGAGGAGAUGCUGCAGUGGCUUGGCUACGACAUCGGAGACUUCUUGACGACCUUCACGUCCGACUACUUCGAGGAGUUGCUCGAAUAUGCUCGCACGAUGAUCAAGAGCGGCCUCGCGUACGUGUGUCACGAGGACUCCGUCGGUUCUGCGGCCGCGUCCCCUUGGAGAGACCGGCCGAUAGAGGAAAACAUUCGUGAAUUCGAGAGGAUGAUAGACCGUGCAUAUCCUAAAGGCCAAGCCGUCCUUAGACUGAGGUAUGAAGACAAGCAUUUUAAGGACCCUGUGGCCUACAGGAUCAAGCAGGGCACUCACUUCAAGACAAAGGAUAAAUGGGUGGUGUAUCCAACCUACGAUUUCAGUCAUCCCAUUGUGGACUCUCUGGAAACUAUCGCUGUGUCUAUUUGCACCUCGGAAUUCGCACACCACAGGGAUUUAUAUAACUGGAUCCAGGACAGGCUGGACCUCCCGUUAGUUCCCCAGCAGGAGCAGCCGAGGCUGGCGAUAGAAAAUGUACUAUUAUCAAAGCGGAAAUUGAUCAGCUUACACAGCAAGGGUCUUCUGCGUGACAUGGCGGACCCGCGGCUGGCGACUCUCGCUGGCCUCCGGAGUCGCGGCAUUCCUCCUUCGGCGAUCCAGAAGUUCGUGGCUCAAGGAUUCCGCGAGUUUAGUCACCUGCUCGAUAUCACCAGGAGGGAGCUGCUGCCCGGUGCCAAGGCCUACAAGAUGGUCCUGGAUCCACUCUGCUGCCAAGUGAUCAACUACUCGGACCUUAAGAAACACAAUGGGAACCCGCAGGAGCCACUGAUCAAGCCCUACUUCUUCAUCAGUGGCCUGGACUUCGUCGACGAAGACACACCGGAGGGCAGUCCGUCGCGCUUUCUGUCUCGCAACAGGCCCGCGAGCCUCUUUGGGCUGCCAUACAGGAUCACCGUGAGGAACGUGGAGCGCCGCGACGGAAAAGUCCAAGCCCUGGCAGUCACCCUCACUCCCAACAAGAAGUCCAGUCACAUCAGGUCCUUGGUCUGGGUCCCCGAUCCCUGCAGUGCCACUCUUGUCUACGUCAACCAGGUCUUCAAAGGGAGCGACCAAGAACCUGCGCCUCUGCUGUACGCGCCGGUGUUCGUGGAGCCGGAGUUCUUCUCCCCCGUGAAGACAGGCAGACGGUUCAUCUACGGACAGACCUUCCGGGCAGUUAACAUCGGCUACGUCACGGUCUCGAAUAGGUCUAGAAGGCAUGACAUACUGUUAAACGUGACGUGUUUCCUGAAGCACAAACGAGAAUAUCUGAAGAAAAUUCUUAAAUGUUUUACAGACAUGCCUUAGCUUAGUUAACUUAUAGCCGUAGUAUUUUACUGACAGCUACAGGGAAUAUUGUUUCACUGUUUCUUAGUCUUUGGUUCUCGUGUAUGUAUGUGUAUCUUCAUUUAUUUAUUUGUGUGUGUGUGUGCACGCGCGCGCGCGCGCCGACUGCACGCACCUGAACACAAAGUCGACUUGAUGAAAAAUAACGGAAUAUAUUAGAUACUAUUUUGUCACUUUCAGUCGUAUUGUAACUUUCUCUAAAGGGAAUCAGGUAUAGACUAGCGAUUCUAGCUUUUUAAAUGCUGUAACAACCACUACAUGUGAUAUUGUAUUUUUUUUAUCAUGACCAGGGCACUUUAUGUUCAUG